GCUAGGGUUUUUCAUAUUUGUGCCGGGGAAGGAACGAGGGUUUGUGCUGGAUUAGGGCUUUGCGCAGCGGCAAGAUCCAGCUCCUCCGGCAUGGCGAUGGCUGCGCGCGCGUCGCAUUGUUCCAUUUGACAGGUUGCUUGGAUUUCUUCUUGGGAAUAGUGGGAUUUUUUCUCGAUUUGGGAGAGGAACAGUGGAAUGUAGGGUGCGAUCACAAGCAAAGGAGCUAGAACUCGAGCGAUGAGCACUUCCAGGUUUAUUAAAUGUGUCACUGUGGGAGAUGGGGCCGUCGGCAAAACAUGCAUGCUAAUUUCUUACACAAGCAACACUUUUCCUACUGACUACGUGCCUACAGUCUUUGAUAACUUUAGUGCCAAUGUUGUCGUGGAUGGCAACACUGUGAAUUUGGGUCUCUGGGACACCGCUGGCCAGGAAGACUAUAACAGGCUGCGUCCAUUGAGUUACCGAGGAGCCGAUGUUUUCCUUCUAGCUUUCUCACUUAUAAGCCGAGCUAGCUAUGAAAACAUUUCCAAGAAGUGGAUUCCAGAGCUGAAACACUACGCCCCGACGGUGCCUGUCAUUCUCGUUGGCACGAAGCUAGACUUGCGAGAUGAUAAGCAGUUUUUUGCCGAUCAUCCGGGAGCGACGCCUAUCACCACUGUCCAGGGCGAAGAACUGAGGAAGCAAAUCGGUGCUGCUGCCUACAUCGAGUGUAGCUCGAAAACCCAGCAGAAUGUAAAGGCAGUGUUUGAUGCUGCGAUCAAGGUGGUCCUCCAACCUCCAAAGCAGAAGAAAAAAAAGAAGAAGCAAAAGGCCUGUACGAUACUCUAGAGCGGAGUUGCGGAGUUUUUUAGAUGGAUCGCCACAGAGAACAUCAACCGGUUCCAUCGAUUUAACGUUACCAACAUAUCACACAGAUUGGAAAGAAAGAAAAUUUCUUAUUGCUACUAGCAUUUAGUACGUUAAAAAGGAUAUGCCAAGUGUAAGCUAAUUUUUAAGAAGAAAACCCACCCUCAA